AUGUUCCACAGAGCUUCGGACAACGCUUCUUGGCCGUACGUGGACGAAAUCGGAGCGUCCGUGCUUAAAAACCCCCUAGUGGACGGCGGCCAUCUCGAUUUGCACGCCGGCUACGAUCAUAUUAACGUAAACAUCCUAAAGAACGACAAAAGUAAGAGCGAGCGGCACAAGGUCCACUACACCUACCCCGAGGAGGAGGAUGCGGUGCAGGUCGUGGAAACGUCGCACCAAUCGGGCUACUCAAGUAAUUUUAUCGAGCCCGAACGCGAAAAACUCGUGUUCCAGAGCACGUGUCACGUCGCCAUGGACAGCUGCAACAACAAUUACCAUUGUCGGAUGCUGCUCGCCCCGAUUUUGCACCACUGCGACAUCUCCCGGUGCAACCGGAACUCUUGCAUGGAGGCGCUCCAGACUUUUUACGGCAAACAGGAUUUCCAUUGGAACGUCGAGAUCGCUUUCUGUCUUUGCAAGAAAACAGAAAAUAGACAUGAUGCUUGCUUGAUAGCGCAAGAAAAGAUGCAUCCAGUAUGCGCUCAACGUAUCGAAGAAUCCCCACAGCCUACUUGUCUACAUCUAGCAGAAAAUUGCAAAGAAAAUAAUGCAUGCAGAAUAAAAUUGGAGAACUAUGAACAAAGCUGCGCUGUAGACAGCGUAACGAAGAAAUGCGCAGGUUCAACAACUGAAUGCAGGAAAUCCAUAAUGGCGAUCUUGGGAACUGACUUACGAACAAGUUGUGCCUGCAAAGGCACAGAUAUGAGUCAGCUGUACGAAUGCUUAGGUUGGCAACGACUUCUGUGGGUAAAUCCGUGUGUUGUUGAAGCGCAGAAACACUUUCACGUGAAGAAAGCAGCCGAACAAAGCAGGUUAAUGCCUCAUACUACGCGAUCCACCACCACUACAACCACAACAACAAGCACCACCACCAUGAAAACAACAACCCCGAGCAUCACAACACCUCCACCACGCGUUCACUUGACAGCUGUCAAAUCGAUGACGGAUGAAGCUUCGAUCACCGUGAUCACAGCCACAGAGUUUUUGCCGCCUCCUCAGGCUUUUGUGCCUACUUCAACUGUGAGUCUGCCUUCGACUAGUACUAGCACAACCAUGAGGACUACUACAAGGAGAACUAGGCCUACAACGACUACAACCACUGCACCUCCAAGAUCUUGCAUUGUACAGAGACCGCAGAUUCCGGACCAGUUCAUAAGGGAGGGCAGUUUUAAAAGGAUCUAUCACGAGGACGAAUUCGAAUGCUCCGACGUCUGUGAAUGUGAAAUAGGUGAAAAACUCACAUGCCGCACCAUCUGCAUAGACAGGAUGCCUUGCAAGACGGAGUUUGCUUUCUACAAUCAUGCAGCACCGGCUUACCAAGCUUUCAGGGGAAGAUGCCUGUGCUAUUCGGGCAGGUUCAUAUGCAUGAAACCGUCACCAACUGACUACUCGCUGCCGCAUGGUGUCUUCCUCUUUCUGGGUUAUAGUGAGGUGGAUGAGAGGGAGUUGAAUAGGAAUCACACGACUCAUUUGGUGGUAAUUCAGGAUGUUGUGAGGGUGUUGCAGAACUAUGUAAGGGAGGAGGCGGAUAAGAAAAAUGGGACAUUGUGCAGUUUGGAAUUUUUUAAUGCAACCAGGGAAAAUGUGAUAAUUAUAGGAAAAAUUUCCGAUGACAUUGACACAAGUAAAAUGACUCCAGCCGAAAUCCUUGAAAAAGAAAAGGAGGAAUGUGCAGAGUACUUGGAUCUGGUCAGCGACAGAAUCAACUUGCGCCAUCCGGAAUUCUUAUCCCACGUGUUACUUUCCAUUUUUAAGAUGGCCGAAGUGGAAAUCGUACCUCUGGAAACGUCGUCCGCUUGUCACGUCCACAGAUCCACAUUUUCCACUCUGCUGUCACUUGCCGUUCCCCUCUUAGUCCUAAUCAAUUAUACAAAAACAUAUCUGACAAUUUCGUGACUUUGAG